CUCUAUCCUUCCACAACAAUUCUCCGAGCUCGAUCUCACUCUAAAACUCUCUCUCUCUCAAACUAUCUUCAUCAAUGGCAGACCGUCCUCAGCCACACCAUAUCCAAGUUCGCCCCGCCCAGCCGCGCUACGGCGAGCACGAGUACGGUGAACAUGGUGGCCGCUUUGGAGGCAUAAAGGGGCAACAACAAAGCGAUGGCCCCUCGACCGGGCAAGUUAUUGCAGUGAUAACCGGCCUUCCAGUCGGUGGAACCCUACUGGGGCUUGCUGGUCUCACUUUCAUGGGGACCAUCAUUGGUGCUCUCCUUGCCACCCCGCUCUUCAUCAUCUUCAGCCCGGUUCUUGUCCCUGCUCUCUUCGUCAUCGGGCUUGCUGUCACCGGAUUUCUGACCUCCGGGGCUUUCGGGCUGACCGGGCUGUCGUCGCUGUCGUGGAUCGCCAACUACCUCAGGAGGUCAUCGGUGGUGCCUGAGGCCCUGGACGAGGCGAAGAGGCGCGCUGCGGAAAUGGGGGAGUACGUGGGGCAGAAGACCAAGGAGGUUGGCCAGGACAUCCAGAGUAAGUCCCAUGAAACAAAGAGGCAAUCCGGACAUACUGAAAGUCGUUGAAGGGAAGGGAAUGCAAGAUUUGAAGAGGUUUUCGACUCUUACGAACGACGUUGUUUGUGUACGAAAAUGGAAGGGGAAAUAAUGUUGUAAAACCUCUAUGUGUGGUUUUUUCUGUAGUUUGAUGUACGUAGCUGGGUAACUGUAGACUGGCAGUUCUUGCUUUUGUGUGCGAGUUUACAUUGCAGUUGUUUAUCGUAUGGUCUUCAAUCUAUUGCAAUUAUCCAUUUGUGUAAA